AUGUACGAACCGACUCCAUCGCUGAGUCUUCAUCGCUUGAGCAGGCAUAGCCUCCAAGAUCGAUACGAGUCAGACGAGGAGGCUGUAUCGGAAUCUGAUACAGGCGCCCAAGAUCUACUUUCCUCGCCCGUAGGCUCACGAGCCGGAAUCUAUGAUUCAGAUCUCAGCGCGGACGAUAAUUCUCUGGACCCUGAUUCUGACCGAGAGCAACAUAUUCGGGCUCCGCCAAUAGUCAAACGGCCCCGGCCUGUCUCUUCUGCUACCAUCAAGAGGAACAGUAAUGCGACCUUUGACGAAGAUACGUACGUAUUUGAUCCGGAAGAGCAGAUGUUUCUCGAACUGCCGCCGUCAGAUUCUCCACCACAGCUCGCUUCCAGCACCUUUUUACAGCCAUCGAUAUAUGUUUGGCCCAAACCAUCGAGGCCGACCACCCCAAGGUCUCGCUCUACUUCACCCUCAUCGGUCUUUUCAGUAGAGGAGGCAGACAUCCAGGUGGCAAAGAAAGUGACUAUGGUGGAGCCUCGAACACGUCCUACACUGGUCCUGAUCAACGCUCUGGGCUCACGAUCAAAGGCCUCCAAAUCUCGCCUCAGCCAUUCCCGCUCCCGGGACAGCAGCCGCAACCGCUCUGUGCUUGUCAGGACCGACAGCCGACUCACAUUGCCACGCUCGUCAGACCCAGCAACCAAGUCACCGCGAGUAUCCGAGAAAAGAAGCACUAUGAAGCAGGCGCCCAAGCCAGCCCCAACCCCCGCCCUAGAAGACGAUACACAGUUCGCAACCAGUGCAACCAUCAACCGAGUCUCCGAAAUCCCCUCAGUCCUCUAUUUCCCAGCACCACCACGCACACUCCCUACACAAGAGUACCAACCCCGCCCCCGAGCCCCAGCCUCCGACAAACCAAUCCCACCACCACUAAACCUCCGUGCCCGCCGACCUCCCUCAAUGCGUAGCACAAGCGGGAAUAGCGUCCACACCUACAUCUCCCGCCCAUCAACUCCCUUCUCAGCAGAGGACGCAACCUUUAACAAAACAAACAAAUACGGCGACCUCACCCGAGCAUGCAGCCCGGCCUCGGUCUCAUCCGCCUCGUCAAAGCGCGUGCCCUCAUCCUACAGCGUAUCGAAUAUGCUCGCAAGUCGCUCGCCACUUAUGAUGCGUCGCAUGACAAGGAAACACUCCGCCUCCAGCGUUCAUUCACUGAGUAGUCUGCGCUCCGCGGUCGAUGUCAAUGGUCCCUCUUCCUCGCAGAUCUCCGUCGCUACACAGCCCACACCGCCUCUCAAUGCUGACCCCCCUCUCGUGCGGAAGUCGAGUAAGCGUCGCCACUUACGGCAUAAUAGUGUUAUGCCGAGUGGGAGGGGAUUCAUGGGGUUGAAGCUUGGGAAGAAGUCGCAUACCAAGGCUUAG